AUGAGCUCCAUCAUCGUACGCCUGAGGUGCGAAGUUGGCAUGUAUCGCAUCGAAAUCAACAGCAGCAAAACACUUACCGACUUGAAGAAUAAAAUUGAGGAACUCCUAAAUGUUCCAGUGGAGAAACAGGUGCUUUUUCUACAGACAGAACCCAACGUACCGUUGACGGACAAUGGGGCAUUGCUAGAACAGUGUAACAUUAUCCAUGGGUCGAUCCUUCAUUUGAAAAGUGAAGUGAAACCCACGACCAGUAGUGGGAAGAGGUUGGAUGGUGAUGGACCUGGUGGAGGGAGUGCCAAAUGGAAGAACGACAAGGGAGGUAACCAGAAUGAGUAUAACGUAGCGGAUGCAAAGUUGAAAAAGGGGUAUGAACAGAACCAAGGGAAGGGUAGCGGGGUAGAUGGAGUUGGCUACCCGCCGCGGGAGGACCGUCUAACCCCUCAGAAGGAAAAAAAAGAAGAAGAAAAGGACAACAAGGAAAAGGAGAAGAACGAAAACCAGGCGAACUUCAAAUCCUUUGAUUACUUUCUAAAAAUGAGAGAGUAUAACACGACAGAUCUUCCACUAAAUUUGACCUACCAGUCUGUGUUCCUAUCGAAGGGGAGGUUCAUUAAAAUUCCGUUGAGUGUGACACUGAAGCAUCAGGAGUAUCGCCACGUGGAUCACCUUGAACUUAUGAACGUGGAGGAGGUGAAAAACUUUGUGCAGUAUUGGUACACCAAUGGAAGCAUGUGUGAACAGAGAGUUGGAUGGAUGUAUGGUUACUAUAGGGAAGAUCCUCAUUAUACAAUGGGAAUUAGAGCGGUGUGUGAAUGUAUAUAUGAACCUCCACAGAUAAAUGAGGUGGAUAAAGUUAAGCUUCUACCAGACGACUUUCUUGAUUCUGUUGAUGUCAUUGCAAACCGAUUAGGUCUAGAAAGAAUUGGUUGGAUCUUUACGCAUUUACCAAGGAAAGAACACUUAACAUCGGAGGAAGUGGUACAGAUAGCUAAAUUGCAGCUAGCUAAUUUGAAAAAAAAUGUACACUAUACAAAUUAUAGUGUGUCUAAUUUUAUCACCUGCACCAUUUCGCCAGAUCCUAUGUUAAGUAACGAACCAGUAACGAAUGCCUUCAUGGUGUCCGACCUGGGGAUGUCAUUAAUUCAAUCCAAUCUGGUAGAUCCGGUACAAACAGAUCCUUCCGUCAUACAACUGAGGAAUCCUAUGCCCAACGAGCUUCUUCCUCUCAUCCUAGAAGGAGGGAAAGAAACAAACAAAUUUGAUACUGACUGGUUCAUUGUUCGAAUUAAUGAAUCAGCCCCUAAGGUUGUUAGGUCCCUUUUUAAAAAUUUCCAUUUUCCUAGAGAAAAUCGAUUGCGCUCACCCAAUGCCUACGAUGUGAAGGAGUACUUCGCCAGCACCAAGUUGGAGAGGGGUACCAAUGGCAUGCAUAGGUGCUCCGACUUUCAUUUGAUUUUAUUUGCGUGCCGAGUGCUCGACAUGGAGACUGCUCUCGCUCUAUGCGAUGCUGCGCUCAGCAAGAAGGAGAUCGACCCCAUCAUAGAGGAGAUCCUCACCUCGGUGAAGGUGUAG